AUGGAGUCUGGUCGGAGAAGUAUACUGGCUGACAUCGUCGCCCAGACUAUCGACUGCGCCUAUCUCAUUCGCGAAUAUUCGUUGGACAACAGCUUUUUUAUCCGAGCAGUAAAGGGGGUACUAUCUGUUAUCGACGACAAGAUCAAAGCGUACCAAGACACGAUCGCCGCGCUCAUUGUCGCGUUUGACCAGCACACCAAUGUUAGCGUUGAGAAGCAAGUAUUCCGUGUGCUCCAAGUUGUCGAAACCAUUGGUAUGUCUUCGUCACUACAGGAGCUUACGCACAUUUCCGGUGCCGGUCUGAUUACCGAUCGCCAGUGUCUGGAUGGGACACGCGUCCAGGUCAUUGACCAGAUUACUCACUGGAUCAACAGCGUAGAUGACCCUCGACGCGUAUUCUUCCUCUGCGGCCAGGCAGGGACGGGCAAGUCCUCGAUCGCACAUACCAUCGGCUUUCAUUUCAAAUCCAUAGGCCGUCUAGGUGCUUUCUUUGGAUUCGACCAUGCAUCGCCUCGAGAGGAACGCCUCACUCACGUUCUACUCACCGUUGCACAUAAUCUUGCUGGGUGGGAUGCCCACUUCCGUCGAGAGUUAGCCGCUGUUAUCAGAAAAGAUCCUACACUUGCUGGGACAACUGAUAUACCCCAGCAGUGGAAAAAGCUGCUAUGUGAACCCAUGACGAAAUUAGCUGAUUCUACUUGUGGCCCUAUCGUCAUCAUCCUCGACGCGCUAGACGAGAGCGGCGAUCUAAGUCGUCGCAAAAAUCUUCUCUCGCUCUUGACAGACGGUGCUACCAAUCUACCACGCAAUGUACGCAUCGUCGUUACAUCCCGCUUAGAGGACGAUGUUCGUCGCUGUAUCCUCAACAAAGACGCCAACCCCAUUUCGCACAUGCUCAUGGAUAAAGUCAUCAACACCACCGACGAUAUCCUUACCUAUGUCCGUCAUGAGAUGAUGCACUCCGACGAUUACGAGGAACAUCUUGACAGCGAGCAGUGCAAAAUGCUUGCAACAAAGGCCGAAGGGUUGUUUCAGUGGGCCUCUACGGUCUGCAAAUAUCUAAGAGGUAACAAUGAGAUUGGCCUGCUUCUCGAGGAGAGACUGGAUGACAUUUUGGAAGUGUCGCCUAACCUGGGAGAUGCGGCACCGCUCGACAGACUGUACAUGAACAUACUUCAUAGUCUAGUCCCGGAUGAUGUGCGAGCCAUGACGCGCUUCAAAUCUGUUGUUGGUCAAGUCUUGGCCUGCGUGGAGCCUGUGUCCAUCGAGACUCUGAAAGAUAUUCGCUCGCAGAUCCCGGGCAUCGAGAGUAGCUCCAAGGAUGUCGACGCAAUCCUUCCGGCUAUGGGCUCGUUAUUCAGUGGCAUUUCAGAUCAGACCGCUCCCCUACGACCGUUACAUACUUCCUUGCGCGAAUUUUUGACGACUCCCGGACGUGGUGGUCGAUUCUAUGUUCAUUUAACUGAAGCGCAUGAUACACUUGCUCUAUGCUUGCUACGAGUUAUGACAAGAGGGUUGAGGUUCAAUAUCUGCUCAUUUCCCUCAUCAUUCCGCAGAAACAGAGACCUCCCUGAACUUGCGAACCGGGUUAAAACCAACAUCUCGCCUACACUCCAGUACGCUUGCCGGUUCUGGGCAUAUCACACGUCUCGGGCGACAACAGCGGGUUGUGAUGCCCUAUUGGAUGAGCUCAAGUCCUUUCUUCACGGUUUCUUCUUGUUCUGGAUCGAAGCACAAAGUCUGAUGGGAACAGUCUCAACGGUGCCGGCCUCCAUCGCGGCUGCUGGCCGAUGGAGGUCAAAAAUCCAUGGCCUCAUCAUCGAUUUCUUAUCGGAUGCGCAGAUUUUCAUUCGAGUCUUCGCGGCCAUUAUCUCUCAAUCAGCUCCGCAUGUGUAUCUGUCAGCAUUGGCAUUCUCACCUAAGGCAUCGCACCUCUUCACCUUAUAUGCGGGUCGGUUUCCUCAUAUACCCCAUAUUCUGGCGGGGCAUGCUGAAAAAUGGCCUGCUACGCAGCAAGAAAUGCGUGGUCACAGAGGUACAGUCCUUUCGGCUGCAUUCUCGCCAGACGGAAGACGCGUCGUCUCUGGCUCUUCAGACUCGACGAUCCGGAUCUGGGAUGCAGAGACGGGCGAUGCGGUGGGUGAGCCAUUGCGCGGUCACACGGGUUGGGUCUGGUCCGUCGCAUUCUCGCCUGACGGGAGACACGUCGUCUCUGGCUCUAAUGACUCGACGAUCCGGAUGUGGGAUGCAGAGACGGGCGAUGCGACGGGUGAUGCGGUGGGUGAGCCAUUGCGCGGGCACAGAAAUUGGGUCCGGUCGGUCGCAUUCUCGCCUGACGGGAGACACGUCGUCUCUGGCUCUAAUGACUCGACGAUCCGGAUCUGGGAUGCAGAGACGGGCGAUGCGGUGGGUGAGCCAUUGCGCGGGCACAGAAAUUGGGUUUGGUUGGUCGCAUUCUCGCCUGACGGGAGACACGUCGUCUCUGGCUCUAAUGACUCGACGAUCCGGAUCUGGGAUGCAGAGACGGGCGAUGCGGUGGGUGAGCCACUGCGCGGUCACGCGGGUUGGGUCAAUUCGGUCGCAUUCUCGCCUGACGGGAGACGGAUCGUCUCUGGCUCUUCAGACUCGACGAUCCGGAUCUGGGCAGAGACGGGCAACGCGGUGGGCGAGCCACAGCGCGGUCACACGGAUGGGAUCACUUCGGUCGUAUUAUCCUCAGACGGGAGCCACCUUGUGUCUGGUUCGAGCGACUCGAAUAUCCGCAUCUGGGACGCAGAUAUGAUGGCCAUCACGAGUACACACCCAUCCCAGCUCCCACUUAGUCCCUUUAAUGAUCUACGAUCAAUGCGAAUCAUGCCCGAUGGUUGGCUUGUCAAUGCAAACGACGAAUUAUUCCUUUGGAUCCCCGUGGAGUAUCGUCAAGGGUUACACUGGCCUUAUACGAAGAUAUUUAUCGGGAGGUAUCGGAGUGCUGUUUUGGACCUACGAGAUUUUGCUUAUGGUCCGUCGUGGGCGAGGUGCAUAGAAAUGUGA